AUGGAAGGUGAUGUGUCUGUCUAUAUUAAUAUGGGCAUUAUCUUGAAAAACAACGGUAACUACCCCGAAGCGCUUAACGCCUACCGGAUGGCCGACAGUAUAACAGCGGCACAGAACAAAGGUCCUAUUUUUGAAAUGACCAUAGCUGAUAACCGGGCCAUCCUGUAUGGCGCGAUGGGCAGGCUUCAGGAAAGCGAAAUCCUCGCGAAGCAUGUCCUGGAAAAUGUACGAAAGCUUGGCCAUGUUGGUCUGCAAAUAGACAUAGUAGGACACCUCAAAAAGCUCUACCAUAGCCAGGGACGUUACCAGGAAUCGCUGGAGUAUGCUGACUCACUGGCUGAGAUAAAAGAACGGAUACUGAACGAUGAAAAGACACGUCAGCUGGCAGAGUUGGAAGCGCGUUUCGAUGCCAGUGCAAGAGACGAGCAGAUCAUUGUUCAGCAGGCGGCGCUCCGGAAGGGCCGGCAGCAGAAUCUGCAGCUUUGGGCAGGUAUCGCCCUGCUUUUUACAGUAGGGUGUGCAACGUAUGUGGGGCUGAGACGCAGCCGGCGGCUCAACCGGAAGAUCAGCAGCCAGCAGCAACAGUUGGUACAGCAAAAAAAUGAGCUGGAGCAUAUUAAUGAAAUGAAAGAUCGGCUGUUCAGCCUGAUUGGCCAUGAUGUGCGCGUGCCGCUGAACUCACUCAUGGCCUAUGCUACGCUGCUGGACCACCAGGAUGAUCUGCCGCCGGAGAAGAUCAAAAGAUAUAAUACAGAUCUUCGGGAGGCGCUGGGCGCCACUACCGUACUAAUGGAAAAUCUGCUGCAGUUUGCUAAAGCACAGAUCCGGUCGCCGCAGCCUUAUCCUGAGAUUAUUCAGCUGAGUUUGGUGAUGGACCGUACACUGAAGUUGCUGCAGCCUGCCAUUGCGCAGAAAAAAAUCCUGCUUCAGAUAGAUUUUCAGGAGGAGACUACCGUUUUUGCUGAUGAGGACAUGACCGAAGUGAUCUUGCGUAACCUGGUCAGCAAUGCGAUCAAGUUUUCCAAUACCGGCGGUACUAUUUUCAUCUCUAUAAAACCCCUGGACGAUAUAAAUAGCUCUUGCACGAUACAGGACACCGGAACCGGCAUGAAGCCUGAGCUGAUCGCUUUAUGGAACGAUGCUUCCGUGCCGGUGCUGGUGCGAAGCAGGAUGGGCACGCAAUACGAAAAAGGCGCUGGGCUCGGGCUGAUGCUUAGCAAGACGUUUACGACGAUUAUGGAUGGAAGCCUGUCUGUGAAAAGCAAGGAGGGCGAAGGGUCUGUUUUCUCGUUGCUGCUUCCCCGAAAAAAGCAGUUUAGCUGCGUGUAG